AUGGGCAUUGGCCUGACUGGGGUCAUUCAUGAACUAGGGCAAGAGCGGGUGGUCAAGAAGGCUAAGCGCCAUCACCCGGGGCCGACCCGCGACCCCGAGGAUACCGAAUACCUCAACGAGAUCAACCGGGAGACCUUGAAGAAUGAGAUUGACGUCUUCGAACGCCUGGGCCGUCACCAAGGCAUAAUCCCAUGCUACCGAACCUCCCAGUAUGGCAUCGAGCUGGCCCGAGCGCAAGGGGAUCUCGAGUCCCAUCUCAACGACUUGAUCGAGUCUUUCGCAUAUAUACACUUCUGCAAAGUCUUCGUGGAUGACGUUGGUCUCCGCAAUAUCUUGGUUCUGAACGAGGAGCUCAAAGUAGCCGACUUUGGACAGUCAUUCCUGUUACCCCGCGACGCUGAUAUGGGUUCGAUCACGGAAAAUGAUCUGAAUGCCAAGAUCGAGAUCCUCCAUCUGGGCUGGGUUAUCUACUCCAUCGCAGCCUGGCAGGCUCAUAAAUACUAUUUCUUCAAUCCCGAGAACCCAGACCUAUGUUGGCCUGCCUCCUUUCCAGAUGUUGAGGGUGUGCUAUGUGGACCGAUCAUUGCGAAGUAUUAG